AGAUGAGUCCUACAUACACCGGAGCCUGGAAACACACUCUAAUGCUUUUGCAUGAUCUGGGUAAAUAUGGCCGUGCUAUCGAGGUUGGUAAAGAAGCACUAAAGGUACUUCCUGACGAAGCAGACCUGGUGAUUAAUCUUGCAAAUGUGUACACGAAGGUAGAGAAGUUCAAGGAAGGCGAACGCCUGUUGCAGGCAGCCAUCAAGGGAAACAAGAAUCCACUUUUACAUCAUAGUCUAGGCAUGUUAUAUUAUCGUUGGGAAAAGUACGAGGAAGCUGAGAAAGCCAUGUUGAGGGCAAAGCAGCUGUCGCCAAGUGAUCCUCUAAUCCUCAAUGACCUGCAGAUGCUUCAUAGAAAAAUGGGCAAAAUCAAGUAAAAUUGAUUUCUGAGACGUUAUACAUUUAUCACAUUUGUACAUGUUGUGGGAGCGGCUAAACAGAAGAGGUAUGCUGACCUGAUGUGAAGAUUGUGCCUAGUCAUGAAAGGAAGAAUGGAAAAGCGCAUAAUAUAUUAAUUUUGCAGUUUUACUUCAGAAAUGGUAUUUAGGACAAAUCGCUUUGGUCCAAAAUGUACAGUACAACCUAAUUAUAAUGCCAAAUGUUUCAAUGUACAAAAGGUGGCAUUAUAACCAGGUUGUACUAUAUGUCCAAUUUCUUCAGGGUGAUAUUAAUACAUUAUAAUGUAAGCUCAAAAACAUAUCAUUGUUCUCAUACUUCUUUUGUGUUUUUCACUAAAAAAUCAUGUCAAUUUAACUAUAGAUUAGCUUCAGGGUAUUUUAGAAUAUGCUCGACAUAUAUGUGAAACCAAUGCAAACAUGUAGUUUAUGUUUUGUCAGAUGAUAUUGUAUAGAUAUAUUUAUUAUAUUUUUAGAGGUAAGUUAAUGCAUUAAAGACAUGAUUCUCAUUUAA